CUUAUUUCCCUCGGAAAAGGAUUAAAUUAUCCAAAUUAGGGUUCACAUUGAGAGCUCUGCAUCUAUGGAGGCUACGCAAGAACAAGUCGGUUUACUCGACAAGAUCCUCCCGCCGGCCCUUGCAGACGCCGGGCUCGAGGAUUGUGCUCUGCCGCCGGAAUCUAUUCAGGACGCAUUUCGUAAAGCCGCCAACGCCGUGAAGUCUCGCGCAGUCUCGAUUUUCGAACACGAGGAGGAAGGCGGUUGUGUAGCGGAUCCGAUACCGGAAGCUUCUGACACGAUCAUUAUCGGCGGGGAUAAUGAAAGGGAUACUGGGCCGUGUUUAACCGGAAAGGGCAAUGUGAAGUUGGCUGAAUCGGAAAAGGCCGGAGAUUUGGUUGUAGCAGGCGAAGGAGGAGAAGGGAGGAGCUGUGUUGAUGGUUUGAAGGAUUUAGAUGUCGAAGGUAUUGAGAGCAGCGGUGAGAAGAAGGAUCUGACUGAAGAAGACGAAGACGAGGAGAUGAAACCGAUCUUGGUUGAAGGAUUUGUUUGAGAGUCCUCACAUUGUCAAAAGUCAAAACUGUUACCUCCCUCGUAUUCGUUCGUGUAUAUAAAUAAAAAAAGCAUUAGACUUUAACAAGUUGCUAGUUGUUUUUGGUGUCUGCUGUUGAUUCCGUGGUGCUUAAAAGUUCGACCUUUGUCUCCAUUGGCAAUGGUGGCAAAGUUUAUGUAUCGCCUGUAAGACACAAAACUUGAUGAAUUACGAUUUGAGGAAAGAAAGAGGCGAUUCUCUUCAGUGA